UAUUAUUUUAUCAAAAAUUUGUCACAGAAUUUUCUGUUAUUAAAUGAAAUAGCGGUCAAGGUUUUAUGCUUAGUAGUAGAAAAUUUAUCGACGUCCGCGCGGUUUAUUUUUGGCUUGCCAAGUUUGGCUCGUUCGAAACACAAGUUCUAACAGCGUGCCAGAUAUUGUCGUGAACUCGUAGGUAGCGGUAUGGAAAUCGCGCGAAUGUGACAACCGGCUUGUGCGAGUGACGUCCGAGGAAGAUUCUACUCGCGAGAUGAAUGGAGGAAGUUAGAGUUAUUUUAACACCGCGAUAUUUCCAAUAAUACAAAAUUGUGCGGUGUUAAAAUUAUUUCGAUGUCGGAACAUAACGAUGCUUUGCAAAAAAAUCAACGUGUAAUUUCAUCUAUAAUCAACAGCGGUGAAUUUGUGAACAAUGAAGAAUUCAAACGGCGUGAAGAAUCCCAUAGACACCACAGACCCGAACGAAAGUAUCACGUUAAGACCAAAGUUGGAGACCUUCGAUGAUAUCUUGCCAUACGUCGGUGAUUUUGGCAGAUAUCAAUGGCUGCUUCUAUUGGCUUUACUUCCCUAUAGCGUAGCAUAUGCCACCCUAUACUUCUCGCAGUUUUUUCUUACUCUGGUACCACAAGAGCACUGGUGCAAGAUCGAGGAAUUGAUUUCUUUGAACCUCACACAAGAAGAAAGAGUGGAGGUUGGCAUACCGAAGUCGCAAAGUUAUCCGUAUUACGAUCGAUGCCAUCGAAGAGAUAUAGAUUUCUUUCCUAUUAUAAAUCACAGGAUGGACAUUCGUUCGAUCGAAUGGAAGGCAAACAAAACCGUGGAUUGCAACCAAUGGGAAUACAAUUUCACGCAAAUCCCGUACGCCAGCAUCGCGGUUGAGCUAGAUUGGGUAUGUGACCAGGAAUAUCUCAUAUCGACGGCACAGUCGAUCUUCUUCUGUGGUUCCAUCUUCGGCGGUCUGCUCUUUGGAUGGAUCGCCGAUCACAGAGGCCGAAUUCCCGCCCUAGUGCUUUGCAACGGCAUCGGGUUUCUGGCCUCGAUCGCAACCGCGAGUGCAAAUACCUUCUGGACUUUUGCCAUAUGCAGAUUUCUUACUGGUCUGUCAUUCGACAAUUGUAUAAACAUCCCGCUAAUUAUCGUGCUCGAGUAUAUGGCAGUGAAUAGGCGAACCCUCGUCGUUAACAUUGCUUUUGGCGUAUAUUUCGCCGUUGGAAGUACAGUUUUGCCGUGGAUCGCAUAUUACGUUGCCAAUUGGAGAUUUUUUGCUUAUGUCAGCGCAAUUCCGAUGAUGAGCGUCUUCAUCACGCCUUGGAUUCUUCCCGAAAGUGCUCGAUGGUUCGUCGCCAACGGCAGAAUAGACAAAGUAGUGCAGAAGUUGCAGCGAAUCGCGAAGAUCAACAGGAAGAGCCCUGAAGUGUGCAUUUACGAUGUCUUCGUCAGGAACCUAACCGUAUCUGAGACGCAAACAGAAAGCGCAAACAUCUUUGAUAUUCUAAAGUCACCCCGCCUAGCGAAAAAUACAAUUCUGUUAAUCUUCUUUUGGUCCUUGACGAUGAUAGCCUUCGACGGCCACGUAUAUUCCCUCAAGCUGAUCCCGAGCUCGGUGUUCGUGUCCUUCUCCCUCGCUUGCGCGACCGAACUGCCGGCCGGGCUGUUGCUGACGUUGCUGUUGGACCGUUGGGGUCGCCGAUUCUGCGGAUUUAUCACCCUGGCCAUGACUUGCCUCUUCAGCUUUGCCGAACUGCUGUUACAGCCGAUCAUAGCGAAGCUGACGAUGUCGGUGCUCUCGCGAUUUUGCUUGAAUAUGGCGGCCAAUGUCGGUCUUCAGUAUGCCGCCGAAUUGCUGCCGACUCCCAUUAGGACGCAAGGCGUCGCGUUGAUCCACAUUUUUGGCAUUAUCGCCCAUUCCAUCGCACCAUAUGUGGUAGACAGUGCCAAGAUUUGGGACGGACUGCCAAUGAUAAUCAUCAGUAUUGUGUCGUUUGUUGCCGCUACCUUGAUACUAUUUCUACCGGAGACGCUCGGUCGCGACCUUCCACAGACUCUUCGCCAGGGAGAGGAUUUUGGAAAGGAUCAAAGUUUCUGGGCCCUGCCUUGUUUCGAGAGGCUACGUUCAAAUCGACAUCGACAUUAUCGUCCACGCGAGCUAUAGUUCUUUUUUUUAAUUUUAUCGUAUAAAACCUCGAAGUCGAGGGAACUUUUUUAAAAUUUUGUUAUAUAAAACCUCGAAGUCGAGGAAAUAUAGUUAAGAAAUAUUUACGCCUCGCGUGUCACGAUGAUAAUAUAAUCAGUAAUUACGCUUUUUUUUUGUACGAGUUAAUAAAGUUGAUAGACAGGAUCGGAAUGAUCUCCCGAUCUGAGGAGCAUUUUUUGAGAGGCUUCACUCUCGAAAGUGAAUACUCCAAAACAGAGAGUUUACGAGAAUAAAACAACUUGUCUUUUUA